AUGCACCGCAAUGGCAUGUUCAAAUUCGUAUUGUGGUUCAUUCUUUGGUUCACAAGACCAUCGCUAGAGAAACUGUUGCAGAGUAAAGAUGUUGAAUUCGAAGUAAGUAACGGCAAAUUUACUGAGAGUAUCAGAAUUAACCAUCAAAUCAUCAAUAUGAUACAGAACAGAUCUUUGAGAAAAACGAUGGCGGCCUAUUUGUGCUGUUUUAAUAAAUUGUCUGAUUUGUUGUCCAAGGCUGUGCUAAAAUAUUCUGGUGAUAUACCAGGGCUUGAUCUGAAGUUCAAGGCAAACACAAUUCGAAUGAUUGGGGCAGCCAUGUCGAGCAGGCGAACGAAAAGCGGAGGUGCCGAAAUUGUCAAAGUGGUAGAGCUGCGGACUGAUGGAAAAUGUCCAUCCCAUUACAAAUCGGCAAAGAAUGCCGUGGACGAAACGCACAGCAUACCUGCAACUGAUUUAUCGCCACAAAAAAGAGUUGAUCGUACCUCGGAAUUAAAUCGCGUAUAUGAACGAACGAAGCCGUCAUUAGAACAAUCGGAGGGAACUAAGCGGUGUUUAGCCCAAGCACCGGAAAGAGACGGCAUGGCCGUAUCCGAUUCAGAAACAACGGCACAACGCUCACAGCAACAACUCAGUUCGGCAGAAACAAAGCACGAUCACAUGGGAUGGCAGCUCGGACACCUGAAGCAACGGAGACUUAUUCGGCCAGAGCAGCUGAAACAAGCAAAACCAAACGAAGAAUGUCCAGAACUUGUUACAAAGGAGGAAGCACCUAUGCCGCAUGCCCGUUCAGAUGGUGCAGUCUACGAAACAGCAGCAAAAUCAGAGGAUGAACGCAAUACUUCAGUGUUAGCAGACUCAGAAACGAUAAUAAAUGAUGAAUCACACGCUUCUACAGAUCAGUGUUCAGUACCGAUCGACGUAACACGUCCAGCACAGAAGUUGGAGCCGAGCUGGUUGAACAAUCCAGAACAAUUCUUUCGGCAAAAUGCAUUGGACACUGAUCGUAACAAAAGUGUUGAGAAGUAUAUCGUGCCACAAAGACGGGGCAAUUCUGGUGUAUUUGCGGCUUCUGAUUGCUCGUUUUCUCCUUUUGGCACUCUUUCAAAGAAAUGUGAAAGAAAGAACAGCGUUUCUCAGGAAAAUUAUCGGCAAACGCUCAGCAACACCACAACUUCGGAGAAUAGAAAUGCCGACUCAGGCCACAAAAAUGAUAAAGAACGGGUUUCUAGGGUCAGGGAGUUUCCUCAAUUUGCACCAUACACAGGUAAACAGGCUUUAAAAAUGGACUCGAGCACUUUCGUACGUCCUAUAAACGGUAAAAUGCAGAAUACAGCAGGAUCAUUGCCAAAUGGUCACGAAAAAUAUGCUACGGUCGUACAAAACACUCAUGUUCGGUUCGAUGUCACUCAAGUGUCAGAGACAUCCUCAUGCAUUGGAACAAACCAAAUAGCUCCCAGCAAUGAACCGACUAAAAGCGUAGAACAGGAUGAUUCGGCAGUCACAUGUACGAAAUCAAGCGAGAACGAGCAGAACACAGCACCACCCGUGGAACAAAGUGGUUGUCAGCACCUGAGUGGUGAGUCGUGUUGCCGACCAGCAUCAUCUGUGCCACAUGAGUUGGACACCACUGCCGGGCCAAGUGCCACAGGGAAUGUUGAUAUUGCUGCCAAUCCGAAUUACUUAGCACAUUUAUCGUUUUACGCAUCGGCGAACAAGGAAUUGAUUAAGACCUUCCUAGCAAAUCUUAGAAGAUGCUCCGCUGAUUCACCUAUGUUCGGUUCAAUCCAAUCGUACGAACUCGCUUAUGACACAACGUUCUAA